UUUAUAGGGAUUGGGUUUCUUUCCCUGUGCUGUUCCAGCAGUGAGGAGGUGCACGGGACAAGGGGUGCCCUAGGCUCCCAGAACAGGGGCUCUGCCUGGGUUCCAGCUCCCAUAGGGGUGGAACUUGUCAGGACUCUGAGUACAUAUCUCCUUAGGAAGAGUUGAAACUCAUCUGCUGCACUGUGACUAUGGCCUGGCUGCUGACUAGGGCUUGCUGCCCCAGAGCUUUUCCAUGGGCUUCCAGAUGUCUCUAUGGGUUGAUGAGUGCUCGGUCCUGGAGCCAGGGUCCUCUUACUGCCUACAUGCCAGAAGCUGCCUCCUUCCCGGAAGCUCAGGAUCACCAGGGCUUGUACAAGACAUCGGUGGAACAGGGGGAUGCCUUCUGGGGAGCACUGGCAAGGAGUCGGCUCUCCUGGAUCACCCCCUUCCACUCUGUCCAGGACUGUGAUCUGCAGCAGGGACGGGCUGCCUGGUUCCUGGGAGGGCAGCUCAACGUGGCAGUGAACUGCUUGGACCGACAUGUCCAUGUAGCCCCAGACAAAGUGGCCUUAAUAUGGGAGAAGGAUGAACCAGGAGAGGAGUUGCGGGUCACAUACAGGGAGCUGCUGGAGCUGACAUGCCGCCUGAGCAACACCCUGAAACGGCAGGGGGUGAAACGAGGUGACAGGGUGACAAUCUACAUGCCUCCGUGCCCAUUGGCAGUGGCCAGCAUGCUGGCAUGUGCCCGAAUAGGGGCUGUGCAUGCUGUGGUGUUUGCUGGGUUCAGUGCAGAGUCCCUGGCAGACAGGAUUCGGGAUGCCCAGUCGGAGACGGUGAUCACAGUGAACCAGGGGCUGAGAGGUGGCAAGGUUGUGGAGCUGAAGAAAACAGUGGACCAGGCUGUGAAGCACUGCCCAGGAGUGAAACGUGUCCUUGUGUCCAUGAGGACGGACAGCCAGCUUCCCAUGACAGCCCUGGAUGUUCUGCUGGAGGAGGAGAUGAUGAAGGAGGAUGCAUACUGUGAGCCAGUUGCCAUGGACAGCGAAGACAUGUUGUUCCUUCUCUACACAUCUGGCAGUACAGGCAAGCCCAAGGGCCUGGUUCAUUCCCAGGCUGGCUAUCUCCUGUUUGCUGCUCUCACACACAAGUACGUGUUUGACUAUCAGGACAGGGAUGUCUUUGGCUGUGUGGCAGAUAUUGGCUGGAUCACAGGGCACAGUUACGUUGUCUAUGGCCCCCUCUGCAAUGGUGGCACCACAGUCCUUUUUGAGAGCACUCCUGUUCAUCCCAACCCUGGACGCUACUGGGAAACAGUGGAGAGGUUAAAAAUUAAUCAGUUUUAUGGGGCACCUACUGCCAUCCGCCUGCUCCUGAGAUAUGGUGAUGAAUGGGUGAAGAAAUAUGACCGCUCCUCUCUCAAAGUUCUUGGCUCAGUGGGUGAACCCAUAAACAAGGAGGCAUGGGAGUGGUACUUCCGUGUGGUGGGUGAGACACGGUGCCCUGUUGUGGACACAUGGUGGCAAACAGAAACAGGAGGCAUCUGUAUCUCACCCCGUCCUUCUAACCCUGGAGAUGAAAUCCUUCCAGGCAUGGCCAUGAGACCUUUUUUUGGCAUCAGUCCCUCUGUACUGGAUGAUAAGGGAAAUGUCCUUUUGGAAAAUAAUGUCUCUGGAGCCCUUUGCAUCUCACAAGCCUGGCCGGGUAUGGCUCGAACCAUUUAUAAAGACCAUAAGAGGUUUGUGGAAACCUAUCUGGCUCCUUAUCCAGGGUUCUUCUUCACUGGGGAUGGUGUGUAUCGCACUAGUGAAGGCUAUUACCAGCUGACGGGACGCCUGGAUGACAUCAUUAACAUCAGCGGGCACCGGCUGGGCACUGCAGAGGUGGAAGACAUUGUGAACCACCAUGUGGCAGUGGCAGAGUCUGCUGUGAUCGGCUACUCACAUGACAUCAAGGGAGAAGGAGCCUACGUGUUCAUUGUGCUGAAGAAGGACAGCAAGUACACGGAGGAAACUCUUGCUGCUGAGCUACAGGAGCUGAUCUCCAAGAAGAUCGCUAAGUAUGCAGUUCCAGAGUACAUCCAGGUCACACGCCGGCUGCCCAAGACGCGCUCUGGGAAGAUUAUGCGGCGGGUGCUAAGGAAGAUUGUUGAGAACAAAGCCAGUGAGCUUGGGGACCUAACCACCCUAGAUGACCAUGAAGCUGUGCAGCAGAUCAUAGAGGGACACAAGCACCUUGUGGAGCAGCGGAAGAACUGCUAGUAUGGCUCCUCCAGCAGCCACCUCCAGCCCCUUCACUACAGAAUUAGGGUCAGGUCCAGAAAUGUCACUGAGCAACCGCUGCCCAGUAAGUGCUCAGACUGUACUUCCAGCGCAGUCUGAGAGACCCUCGAGAGUUCUGCCCCCAUACACACAAAGGAGACAGGAGAGAACAGGCACAACAGUAAGGAGGGAUCGCUGUUUGCUCCCGAAGAAGAGAACCAACAUCCUUCCUUCAGGCUCCUUGUGCCUUGCAGUAGCUUUAGAGAAAGCAACUGACCAGCUAUAGGUAGGUGUAUUAUUCCUAUCCCUGCUUUGCUCUUAAUCACUUUUCUAGUCCAAGAGCACUGUCAAUACAUAACUCCUCCAGAGCAAAGAGUAAAAGGAAAAAGAGGCAGAAAUCUGGUUAACACAUACUGGUUCUUCUCCAGAAACAUCCUUGGAUAGCCGACUCUGGAUUUUAAUACAAAAAUGUUUAUUUGUUAUUGUGUAUCUUAAGCAGAUGAGAGCAAUGUUCUUUUCUGUACCAGUCUCUUUCUCCUAUUACAAUGCACCUCCUGCUUGGGGAGCCAGAGGCUCAGAAGCAGAUUCUGUGGCACCAGAGGCAGAGGCCCCAGCAAGGCAGAGACAGAAGAACAUCAGGUUCUAUCCUAGCAUCACACUACUGCAUCCUUGAUGCCAUGAGGCAGUGUUGUUAUUUUGGUGUGGUUUUGGUUUGUUUUUUCUUUUUUUUUUUUUUUUUUUUUUUUUUUUGGCAACCUAGCAGUCCAAUCCCUUCUCUUCUCAGUGGCAGAGAGGAACAAGGAGGCUGGAAGAAGGAUAGGACGGACAUGCCUGCUCCUGGUAUAAGUUUAGACUUAGCCCUAUGUCCAUCAGCAAAUUCCAUAAUUGGGCUUGCACUAACCAACUGAAUCUCUUGCUGAGAGUUCUGCAGCUCUUCUACAUGUGUGUAGUUUCUGAAGCUGGCCAGAUCAGGAAUGUUUUAUGUCAUUCUUCCCAGGAUGGAGGCCGCUUCAUCUUCUCACAUCGAGUGAGUUCCCAUUUUCCCCCUCCAUGAAGUUUCAAAAUCCAGUUGUGGAACUGCAAAUCCAAUGCCAUAACAAAUGUGAGUUGCCUCUGUGAGGGCACGUCCUCCUGUAAUGCAGCUCUCUAGCCUUUUGCUUCCCUCUGCUCACCAGAGAUGCCCUGAUUUCCUCAUCUUGCCCCAAGGCAUGGAGUGCUGCUCACUAUCUCACCUUCUUCAGGCUGGCCCUGUGUCCCACGCUGAUCAGAGUCAUGCCCAGCUGAAGGCACACACGGUACAGGUCAUGUUCCACCUCUUCUGUCAAGGCACUGGUGGCUUCAUCUAGCACUGAGAGACAAGUUGUAAGUUCCACACAUCUCUCCCCUCCCAGCUUGUCAUCAUCUUCUGCUGAAAGCAUUUCCCAUACUAAGUGUAGCUCACCAAGAGUAUUUGCAGAAGGCAUGUGAGGAGAAGCUUAAUGACCUCAAUGAUGCAGCUGGUGCCAGCUAUAUGGGAAGGCUCCCCUAAGCCCUCAAGUCCACCCAAACAACACUGGUUGCCUCAUUCAUCUUCCUUAAAAGCUGCACAUUGCUGUACUGCCCUCACCAUUGUGAUAGCCAAGGUGUUGCCUUCCCAAGACUGCACACCACUGUGCCUGGCCAGGGACCCAUAUACAGCAGCCAUGAUGGACUGGGGCAGCUCCCUGUCAGUUAAGGGUAAGUACUACAGACCAGAACAAAUGAAUUCUAUUUAUCUCACAUAAUCUACAGCUUUUAGUUUCCAAUCCAUGAGUCCCUGCACUGAGCAGUGCUGUAGACUUCAGAAGAAGAGCAGGACUUAAACAUGGCUUUUGCUGCUAACAUGGCUCUGCUCACCCACAUCUACUUUGGCCCGACACCUCUUCCAACAGCCCUCAGCAGCUACUAGCCAUUUAAACAUGUAAAUGAAUUAGGAACCACCUGCAACUAUGAGCUUCUUUGUUCCAUGCUAUGCAGAUAAACAUUUUCACCUCUGAA